AUGUCGGUCGAACCCAAACAAACGGUAUACAUUAAUAACAUAAAUGAUAAGGUGUCAAUCAAUAAAGUGAAAUCUGUGCUAACUAUCCUCCUCCAGCAAUUCAGACCAACAAAUAUUUCCCUUGCUAAAACCCUCAGACUCAAAGGACAAGCAUUUGUUACAUUUGAGACCAUCGAUGAUGCAUCCAAAGCGAUUCAAAGCUUGAAUAAUCAAGAGUUAUUUAGUAAAUGCAUAAAUGUCACUUUCGCCAAACUGAAUAGCGAUACACUACUAGACAAGAAAGAAUUAAAACGUAUCAGAAAAGUACGACAUGAUGAACACAAGAUUAAAAAACAACCACAGACCAAUUCCAAAUCCAAAACUAAGAUCACCAAAUCGACUGCUGCUGGUAAGAAUAAGACAAAGAAGCAAAGUCAAGUUGAUGUUCAAAGCUGGAAGACCUUGCCACCAAAUCGUAUACUUCUAUUGCAAAAUAUCAGUUCAUCCUCACUUAUCACCAAGGAAGCAAUCGAUGAGUACUUUCGAAGUUAUGCAGGGUUUGAAAUGGCUAGAUUUGUUGCCACGAGACACUUGUCGUUUAUUGAGUUUGAGAACGAGGAUAUUGCAAUGGAAUGUUUACAAUCAGUUGAUGAAGACGACAUGAGGGGAAAAUUUGGUGAUGAUAUUGUGUUUUCGUAUGCGAAAAAAUAG